CUCCCUGCCGGAGGGGCCCUCGGCAGGGAGGCUGCGGCGGGGAGCAGGAUGAAGGUGGUGCUGGCCAAGGUGCUGUGCCUGCUGGGCGUCUGCGUCCUGAUGCUGGCUGGCUCGCUGCUGCCUGUCAGGCUGAUCGAGGCUGAUUCCGAGACGGCUCAGCGCUCCGGGAGGCUCCUGGCCCUCUGCAGCUCCUGCGGGGCUGGAGUCUUCCUGGCCACCUGCUUCAACGCCCUGCUGCCGGCAGUCAGGGAGAGGCUGGAUGAAGUUCUCAGGCAGGGCAACGUCACCGUGGGCUACCCAGCGGCUGAGACCGUCCUGGCGGUCGGCUUCUUCGUCACAGUCUUCGUGGAGCAGCUCAUCCUGACCUUCCAGAAGGAGAAGCCUUCCUUCAUUGACUUGGAGACCUUCAAUGCUGGCUCAGAUGUGGGCAGUGACUCUGAGCAUGAGAGCCCCUUCAUCCCCUCCCCCCGGGCCCCCCCCCUGCACGGCCACCCCCGCGGCCUCCGGCGGCUCUCCCGCUCCGGCCCCUUGCGCCUCCUGGGCUUGGUCUUUGCUCUCUCCACCCACUCCAUCUUCGAGGGCCUGGCCCUGGGCCUGCAGGAGGAAGGUGCCCAGGUGCUGAGCUCGUUCCUGGGGGUUGCCAUUCACGAGACCCUGGUGGCAGUGGCCUUGGGCAUCAGCAUGGCCAAGAGCUCGCUGCCCCUGCGGGACGCGGCGAAGCUGGCGGCGACGGUGAGCCUGAUGGUGCCCCUGGGCACCAGCAUUGGCAUGGGCACUGAGAGCACCCAGAGUGCAGCCAGCAGCAUCAUCUCCCUGCUCCUCACUUUCCUGUUCAUCACCUUCUUUGAGAUCCUGGUGAAGGAGCUGGAGGAGAAGACCGACCGGCUCCUGAAGGUUCUCUUCCUGGUGCUGGGCUACACGGCUCUGGCUGGCUCGGUCUUCUUCAGGUGCUGA